UGGAAAGCCCGAACAAUUAAGUCGACAAGAGGAGAGAUACAAUGAUGGCGAAAAGUUUCUGUCCCCGCAACGCUGUCUCCUGACCACCUUGCAGGAAAGAUAAUGGAAUGGUUAAGGCUAUACUUACCUCAGAGUGACGCUUUCGCGGAAGAAGGGGCCGAUCAGGAUGAAGAAACGUCCAUGCCCUUGCAAAUGAUCAUCAAAGGCAUGACGAUGGGAACGGUGAUGUACAAGGUGAAGACGUCGGACAAGUGGUACCGCCGCAAGUACAAAGUGGACAUACAGAACAUGCGCCUCUCCUACGCGCCCUCCAGUAAGCCCUUUUGGCGAGGGAAAAUCACUUCAGCUUGCAAGUGUGGCUCUUUCGCCGGCUCUGGAACAAACAUUGUGGAUUUAUUUGACUUGGAGGAGGUCCGAAAAGGCUGGAAUUCUGACGUAUUUAAUAAAUUGCAGGCCAAAUUCCGAAGAAAACUACAGAAAACCCUCCAUCCUCAGUUGCUGUCAAAACUCCACGAGGAGAACUGCUUCUCGCUCAUCAUCGGGCCUGCGCACUACGUCGUCGAUCUGAUCGCGCCCAAUAUCCAUGCUCGGGACGCAUGGGUGAGGGGACUGCGGCAGCUCAUGGCCUGCUGCAAGCACAUGCAGGUGCAGCACGACGAAGAGAGGUGGUUGAAGGAGCUGGUGAGGAAGGCGGACGUGAACGGCAACGGCAGCCUGAACUUCGAGGAAUGUCUCGGCCUGCUCAACCAGCUCAACAUCGGCAUGAGGAGGAAGGAGGCACGAAAGCUGUUUAAUGCCGCUAACUUCAGAAAAGUGAAGAUCGAAGGAGAAGAUGCCUUGGAGCCGGACGAGUUCGUCCAGUUUUACCGCAGCUUGGUGCACAGGCCGGAGCUCGAAGAACUCAUGAAGAAAUACUCCGUCAGUAAAUCUGUACUAUGGGGUUCCGAGGAGCUGCGGAAUUUCCUGCAAAAAGAACAAAACAUGAUUCUGAGUAUGGAGGAAUGCGAAGCAUUAAUAGAGGAAUAUGAACCAGAAGAUAAUAAAAUUUCUGGCUAUUUGUCGUUAGAGGGCUUUCAGCAAUUCCUGCUCUCCCCUGACCAGGACAUCUUCAACAAGAAGCACCGCAUCAUCUACCAGGACAUGACGCAGCCGCUCGCUCACUACUACAUCGCAUCCUCUCACAACACGUACCUGAUCAGCGGGCAGCUGAUUGGCGACAGCAGCAUCGAAGGCUACAUCCAAGCUUUGGGACGUGGCUGCAGGUGUCUGGAAUUGGACACGUGGGACGGACCCGACGGAGAGCCCAUCAUAUUUCACGGGUACACGCUGACGAGCCGCAUCUUCCUGAGGGAUGUUCUCGAAGCGAUAAAGAAAUACGCCUUCAGAGCUUCGCAAUAUCCCGUCAUCCUAUCCAUAGAAAACCAUUGCUCCUUACCAUACCAAGUGAAGAUGGCAGAACACUUCAGAAAUAUCCUUGGGAAGUACCUGUACACGGACCCAGUCGGGGACGACGAAGAAGAAUUCCCAUCACCUGAAGCCCUGGCGAGGAAGAUUUUCAUCAAGAGCAAGCAGCUGAAGCCCCCUCGCUUGGAGGACGGUGUGAUGAUGGCACCGGAGGAGUUCAUGUUGGAGGACGAGGAGGAGAGAGAAGAAGCCAUCAGGUCCAUGAUGGCCGCCGCUCCCACGCCAGACUUGGAAGGAAACGAACUGCCCGACCUACCUAUGGCCGCCCCGUCUCACGCUCCUCGAAUCGCCGAAGCACUGUCCGAUUUGGUGAACUACUUCUCCGCCAAGAGGUUCGGAUCUUUCAGCGAAUGCAGAGUGUGCUGGCAAUUCAACGAGAUGUCGUCGUUUUCGGAGACGGUGGCCUUGAAUCUGGCCUACAGCGAAGGAGAAGCCUUCGUGGCCCACAACCGGAGGCACGUGUCCCGCAUCUACCCGAAAGGAACCCGGACAGAUUCCACCAACUACGAUCCGGUGCCGUACUGGAGCGUCGGGUGUCAGCUGGUUGCCUUGAAUUACCAGACUUGGGAUGAGCCCAUGUACAUUCACGAAGCGAAGUUUUCGCAGAAUGGAAAAUGCGGCUACGUUUUGAAGCCCAAGUACCUCACUGACAAAGCUUCUUAUGAUCCUAGCAAAAGCCCUUAUCCGGACAAACAGCUACACGUUACCAUCAAAAUCAUCAGCGCCCAGUUUCUUCCCAAACCCAACCGGGCAGAGGAUGGGGAAGUGGUAGACCCCUACGUCUCGGUCAAAGUGUAUGGCCAUCCUUUGGACGCACAGAAAAAGAAGACAAAGUUCAUCAGCAAUAACGGCUUCAAUCCAAUGUGGAACCAGACACUAAAAUUCGUGAUCAACGCCCCGGAGGAAGCCAUUUUCAAUUUCAGAGUGAAAGAUGAGAAUGUGACGAGCAACCAGUUGAUCGGGCAGUUCGCGCUGCCUUGCACAUCGAUGUGUGAAGGUUACCGCCACGUCCACCUGGAAGAUUCCAGAGGCCAGCGUCUGGAGAGGGCGACCCUCUUCGUCCACGUGCAGCUCGCCCAAUACACCAUGAACAAGAAGUGCAGCUCCGCGAAAUGAGGCCCUUUGAAAGGCUUAUAUUUUUUUAUGUUCAAGAUUUGUGAUUGUCGCACAAUUGUGAUUUUGGGGUUUCAAAUCCCGCGAAAUAAAAGUAUUCCUUUUACA